AACUGACAGUGCAUCAGCUGACCAGGACAAUUUAAAAUACUCUUCAUCCAGAGAUCGGGGCAGUUCUGCCUCCUAUGGAUUACAACCCUCAAAUUCAGCUGUGGUGUCUCGACAAAGACACGAUGAUAUCAGAGUCCACACUGACAUACAGAAUGAAGAAAAAGAGCGAUCAUUGUCUUAUUCUGACGAGUCUCGACUGUCAAAUCUUCUUCGGAGGAUUACUCGGGAAGACGACAGAGACCGAAGACUGGCUACUGUAAAGCAAUUGAAAGAAUUCAUUCAGCAACCAGAAAACAAACUGGUACUAGUUAAACAACUGGAUAAUAUCCUGACUGCCAUUCAUGAUGUACUCAAUGAAAGUAGCAAAUUGCUUCAAGAACUGAGACAGGAAGGAGCUUGCUGUCUUGGCCUUCUUUGUGCUUCUCUGAGCUACGAGGCUGAGAAGAUCUUCAAAUGGAUUUUUAGCAAAUUCAGCUCAUCCACAAAAGAUGAAGUUAAACUUCUUUAUUUGUGUGCAACCUACAAAGCGCUAGAGACUGUAGGAGAAAAGAAAGCCUUUUCAUCUUUAAUGCAGCUUGUAAUGACCAGCCUGCAGUCCAUUCUAGAAAAUGUGGAUACACCAGAGUUACUGUGCAAAUGUGUCAAGUGCAUCCUUUUGGUGUCCCGAUGCUACCCACACAUUUUCAGCACCAAUUUUAGGGACACAGUGGACAUACUGGUUGGGUGGCAUAUUGAUCACACUCAGAAACCUUCACUGACGCAACAGGUAUCUGGAUGGCUGCAGAGCUUGGAGCCCUUUUGGGUGGCUGAUCUUACUUUUUCUACCACACUCUUGGGUCAGUUUUUAGAAGAUAUGGAAGCUUAUGCUGAGGACCUCAGCCAUGUGGCUUCUGGGGAAUCAGUAGAUGAAGAUAUUCCUCCUCCUUCAGUGUCACUACCUAAAUUGGCUGCACUUCUUCGGGUUUUCAGUACUGUGGUGAGGAGUAUUGGGGAACGCUUCAGCCCAAUUAGAGGACCACCAAUUACAGAAGCAUAUGUAACUGAUGUUCUGUACAGAGUAAUGAGAUGCGUGACUGCUGCAAACCAAGUAUUCUUUUCUGAAGCCGUACUUACUGCUGCCAAUGAGUGUGUUGGUGUUUUACUUGGCAGCCUAGAUCCAAGUAUGACCAUACACUGUGACAUGGUCAUCACAUAUGGAUUAGAUCAAAUGGAAAAUUGUCAGACUUGUGGCACUGAUUAUAUAAUUUCAGUCCUGAAUCUGUUGACGCUGAUUGUUGAACAAAUAAAUACAAAACUACCAUCAUCGUUUGUAGAGAAAUUAUUUAUACCAGAGUCUAAACUACUUGUUCUUCGUUAUCAUAAGGAAAAAGAGGUUGUUGCAGCAGCCCAUGCUGUAUACCAAGCUGUAUUGAGCCUGAAGAACAUUCCUGUUUUGGAGACUGCUUACAGGUUGAUUCUAGGAGAAAUGACCUGUGCUCUAAACAGUCUUCUCUAUAGUUUGCAUCUUCCUGAUGCCUGUUCUGAAAUCCAGCAUGACUCUUUCAAGAAGCGUAUAUUCAAUGUGGAUAAUGCAAAGUUCAUUGUUAUAUUUGACCUCAGUGCUCUAAGUACUAUUGGAAAUGCUAAAAACUCAUUAAUUGGGAUGUGGGCCCUUUCGCCGACUGUGUUUGCACUACUGAGUAAAAAUCUGAUGGUUGUUCACGGUGACAUAGCAAUUCAUUUUCCUGCUGUCCAGUAUGCAGUACUGUAUACAUUAUAUUCACACUGCUCCAGGCAUGACCAUUUCAUAUCCAGUAGCCUCAGUUCUUCCUCUCCCUCUUUGUUUGAUGGAGCAGUUAUAAGUACUGUAACUACAGCGACAAAAAAACAUUUCUCAAUCAUACUAAACCUUUUGGCACUACUGCUUAAGAAGGAUAACCUUACACAAGAUACCAGGUGUGUUGAUGUGUGUCGCGUUCAACUAGUACAUAGCGGUGCUCGUGUAAGACAAACUUUUGGAAAACUUCUGAAGUCAGUUCCUUUAGAUGUGGUGUUGAGGAAGGAUAAUUGGUUAGAAAGAUUGUUCUAUAGCUGUCAAAGACUAGAUAAGAGAGAUCAACCAACCAUCCCUCGUAAUCUGUUGAAGACUGAUGCAGUCCUUUGGCAAUGGGCUGUUUGGGAAGCAGCUCAGUUUACUGUUCUUUCAAAGUUAAGAACUCCUCUGGGUAGAGCCCAAGAUACAUUUCAAACAAUUGAAGGUAUUAUUAGGAGUCUUGCAGCCCAUACAUUAAACCCUGACCACGAUGUUAGCCAGUGGACUACUGCAGACAAUGACGAAGGACACAGUAGCAACCAGCUUAGGCUUGUUCUCCUUCUACAGUAUCUGGAGAACUUGGAAAAAUUGAUGUACAAUGCUUAUGAAGGAUGUGCCAAUGCCCUCACCUCUCCACCCAAGGUUAUCAGGACGUUCUUUUAUACUAAUCGUCAGACAUGCCAAGAUUGGCUAACACGGAUUAGACUUUCCAUCAUGAGAGUUGGGUUGCUGGCUGGCCAGCCUGCUGUGACUGUCAGGCACGGUUUUGAUUUACUCACAGAAAUGAAAACUAAUAAUAGUAUCUCUCAGGGAAAUGAAUUGGAAGUGACAAUUAUGAUGCUGGUAGAAGCAUUAUGUGAGCUUCACUGUCCUGAAGCUAUUCAGGGUAUUGCUGUCUGGUCUUCUGCUGUAGUUGGGAAGAGUCUUGCCUGGAUCAAUUCUGUAGCUCAACAAGCAGAAGGGCGGUUUGAAAAAGCAACUGUGGAAUACCAGGAGCACCUGUGCUCCAUGACAGGAGUGGAUUGCUGCAUAACUGGCUUUGACAAAACUGUUCUGAAGUUGGCCAAUUCAAACAGUGUGAAUAAUGCCAGCCCAAAGCAUUCCUUGAAUG